CCCAAAAGUACACCGUCAGAGAAGGAUUGACAUGCAGAGCGAACUCAGGGAUGAAUAUGCAAGCAUCUCCGCGCUAUACGACGUGCUUUUCCGCCUAAAUAACCUGCAACACUCGGACAGCCAUUCUUUGGAGUUCGCACAGCUCUCAACUCGUGCGCAUACCCUGCUUCGCGCGAACCCUUUUCACGCGUUCUUUCGUACACCGCCCGACGAUAUGCCCGUGGAUCGCUUCAUCAAGAUGCCCGAGGGGACUAUAAUGGUCGGGAACAUAAUCUCUUUCGGCUUGUGCGGUUCAAUCGAAUAUCUUCGCCAAGAUCGGGCCCUCCUGGAGUAUAUCACCGCGAUUUGGCCGGAAAUCUUCGACUGGAUCUACUACAUGUGCCCCCUCAACCACGAAUACGACUACAGCAGCCUCGACAGCGCCACACUGAAAACCCUCACGAUCACAAUGGAGCGAAUACAGACCAAUCUACAUGGCGUGACCCUGCUUCAGGCUUCUGAAGAGCAGAUCGACGUCUUUCUUCAUCCUAAUCACAACGUUGCCCAGCUCACCGCGGAUAUUUAUAUGCGCGGGUCUCGAAUACGAGACCUUCAAGCGAGAUCAGGACAGGCAAAGCUCAAAGGAUUUAGGGAUGUGGUGCUUAGAUCCACCGGGGUUCUCCUCUUGGUCUUGGAUAUGGCGCAUAGACACCGCGGAGGUUCUGCAUCUCAGGUGCUCUUGGCCGCCGCGAAUGGUCGACCACGCCGGCUCUAUAGCGCAGCGGGUCGAUAUUUGCGCACGGUACGCAUCCAGGAGGCUAAUUUGUGGGACUCGGCGGACCCGCAGGCCAUAUUCCUUCGCCAGCUGACAGGCAGGCCAGCCCUGGCCGUCCGCCGAUACCCGAGCAUUAUGAUCGUCGGCCUCAUGAAGAUGAUUCGUGCAUGGCCUACCAACCCAUCUCCCCGGGGCGCGUCGUCCUUCCACAGGAUCUACGACCUCAUACUCACGUUCUGCACCAACGACCCGCACGCCACCGCUUGCUUCGUCAAGCACGGCCUCCUGGACCUUUUCUCCUUCGACAUGCGACUUCCCCCGCGGGAGUUGACUCCUAUCUUGGGCUGCAUAGCCCGUGCGAUUGUGUCCAGGAAGCCGCUCAAGGUCCUCUGUGGUCCACUUAACGCAGCGUUCAAGAACGACCCAGAUCCAGAGCUCGCUGAGCUCGCUGCCGCCGCGGAGGUAUACGACUCUUUGCGGGGUGUCGCUGCCAAGGAUUGGAAGCGCGCAAAGCACUGCGCCAAUAUGAGGUGCUCGAGCCCGGCCGACGCGCAACUCCGCGCAUGUACUUGUUCGCAGGCGCUGUAUUGCUCUGUCUCUUGCCAGGCACUUCACUUGACGGAGGGUGACCAUCGCGAUCACUGCAAUCAUAAUAGUGAAGAUGAGGGAAAAAUGACUCCUCGUGACGUCCACUUUCUCUUCCACAUCGUCCGUUUCCUCGUACUCGAACGUUUCGAUGAGAUCAUGAACAAGGUCACUCCGAACCGCAGCGCACGAAUAACCCUGGAUAUCCGCUCAUGCGUCCCGAAAAUCGGCUUCCAAGCGUCGCCCGUGUUCGCGCCAGAACGAACACAGUUCUGGGUCGAUGCCACGAUAGAAUAUCCUGGAUGGCCAAACGCCCACGAGUUCAUCUUCUAUCCGACGGGCAGUGAAGAGCCCCAUUUUAUGCCCUUGACGCAUGGGUAUAUGGAUGCGUGGACUCGAUAUGACGAGCGACGCGCUCAAACAAGCGGCACUAUUUCUCACGAAUCAUGA